AUGCUGUCUCGAGCAAGUCAGGGCCGUGUGCUGGCCUCGGUCGCACGAGCGACACCGCAAGCACCCCGCACUGCCGCUCGACGGAGCGAUGCCGGCAGUGAGGCCGCGUCCGUAUCGCCCUCAUACACCAAAGCAUCCUUCUCCACCUCUCGAUCCUCGCACCUCUUCCCUCUAACGCACCUCUCCCACUCGCCCGUCUUUCUCGACAAGGUAGCCUCCCCCGACAGCUCGGGCGUGAUCCCCGCUUUCCGUCUGCUCGACGGCCAAGGUCACGUGCUGCCCGAAGUGCCCGAGGAAUGGAAGAAGCAACUCGAGGAGGUCCCCGAGGAGACUUGGGUCAAGUUGUACAAAUCCAUGAUGUUCCUUCCUGCUCUGGUGAGUAGUUGGGGAAUGCCGUGAGCGUUCUUGGACGAGGAAGGAGGACUGAAGUCUUUGACUUUUACGUAUCAGGACACGAUCCUUGCUUCGUCCCAGCGGCAGGGGAGGAUUUCGUUCUACAGUCAGUUGGGGGCUAUGGUCAUCCAAGUCAACAUCAAACCACUAAGCCGAACUUAUGUUGUGCUGGCAGUGACAUCGUAUGGAGAAGAAGGAGCCGUCGUCGGAUCCGCGGCCGCGUGGUCUCCCACCGACGAAGUUUUCGCUCAGUAUCGGGGUGCGUGCUUGACUCACGCCUCGCACAUUCCGAGACUACGAUCUGGCCAUCUGAUCUUUUGAUCCAAUUCACAGAGGUCGGCGUACUCGUAUGGCGAGACUAUCCGUACGUGCACUCCGUUGGCUCAGACCCCGGACAAGAACUAAAUUUUCCCCUUCUCUCCCAUUCUCUUGGCACAGUCUCUCGGACCUUAUGGCCCAAGUGUUUUCGACCGUAUCCGACAAAGCCUCGAAAGGACGUCAAAUGCCCGUCCACUACGGAUCCCCCACGCACCACUUCCACACCAUUUCCUCCCCGUUGGGCACCCAAAUCCCUCAAGCUGCCGGAGCGGCGUACAGCUUGAAGCUCUCUCCCGAACGAAAGGGGGAUUGCGUCAUUUGUUAUAUGGGUGAGGGCGCGACGAGUGAAGGCGAUUUUCAUGCUGGGUUCAAUAUGGCCAGUGUCUUGGGUGGACCGGUCGUCUUCUUCGUCAGGGUUCGUCUCCGAUCCCGGUUGCUUCAAGUGAGGGGGGCCGGAGAACUGAUCUCGAGCAAUAUCGGUGCGCUCGCAGAACAACGGUUUUGCCAUCUCUACGCCGGCAGCUCAGCAGUACAAAGGCGACGGCAUAGCAGCCCGAGGACCGGGGUACGGGAUCGAAACUGUGCGAGGUGAGCGUGCCGGAUCUCGCGCUUGAGGUUUCACGAAUCGAACUGACGCGAUCGGGACCUCUUCCACUCUCGAACAGUCGAUGGCAAUGAUCCUUUGGCGGUCUACCUCGCUUCGAAAGAAGCACGACGACGUGCAGUCGAAGGUCAAAAUCCGGUUCUCGUCGAAGUGAGUCAAGUCAAGCUGUCUUAAAAUCACACUGGGUCUUCCUAUCAAGCCUACUGACCCUCCCCUCCUCCCUACCUCGAAAGGCUAUGAGUUACCGCGUUGGCCACCACUCGACCUCGGACGAUUCGAGCGCCUACCGUUCGACCGACGACGUCUCCAGCAUCAAGAAACUUGAUUCCCCCUUGUUCCGUCUCCGUUCCUACCUUGAAACGAGGAACCUCUGGUCCUCCGAAUUGGAAGAAGCGACCAAGGUCGAACAGAGGAAGAGCAUUUUGAGAGCUUACGCGGGGGCGGAUAAGGAGAAGAAGCCUGCUUGGGAGGAAAUGUUUGGUGGGGUUUACGGCGACCGGGAGGAUGGUGGGUUGGAGAGGCAUUUGAAGGAACAGAAGAUGGAGGUCAAGAGGCUGAUUGGGAAGUGGGGGCAGAGUGAUAUGUGGAAGAAGGAUUUGGAGAGGCACGAUGGUGGGAUCGAAGCCGUCAAGAAGUGGUGA